UCUCUCUGGGAGUCGCAGCGUUAAAGCUCUGCUAAAGUGAGAAAGGCCAAAACCAAUCUCAUCAAAGCACUGCGCCUUUGUCUCUCCAAAUCUCUCUUUCUUUCUCUUUUUGCUGUAUAUAACCAAGCCCAGCGGCUAUCAACGAGGAGCAAGUAGUAUUUUUUUUUUUCAUUUAUCAAACCAGAAGCAAAGAGAGGCCAGCUCGUUGAUUAGACAUAGAGAUCAUUGCGGGAGUAGUUUCAUCGAAGUGGAUAUAACAGAUCGAUGGGGUCGACUUCAAACGGGAACGAGGACAAGGUGUUGGAGACUGUGAUGGUGGGGAGGUACGUGGAGAUGGAGAGCGAAGGGGAGGAGAAGACCAUCAAAUCCAGGCUCUCCGGCCUCCUCUGGCACGGUGGCUCCGCCUACGACGCCUGGUUCAGUUGUGCCUCAAACCAGGUGGCUCAGGUGCUGCUAACACUGCCUUACUCAUUCUCCCAGCUGGGGAUGCUGAGUGGAAUCUUGUUCCAGCUCUUCUACGGCUUGUUGGGAAGCUGGACUGCUUACCUCAUCAGCAUUCUCUACGUGGAGUACAGAACCAGGAAGGGGAGGGAGAAGGUGGACUUCAGGAACCAUGUCAUUCAGUGGUUUGAAGUACUAGAUGGGCUACUGGGGAAGCACUGGAGAAACGUUGGAUUAGCAUUUAAUUGCACCUUUCUUCUCUUCGGAUCCGUCAUUCAGCUGAUUGCUUGCGCUAGCAACAUAUACUACAUCAAUGACAAGCUAGACAAGAGGACCUGGACCUAUAUCUUCGGUGCUUGCUGUGCCACCACGGUCUUCAUCCCCUCCUUUCACAACUACAGGAUAUGGUCAUUCCUAGGCCUCCUAAUGACCACCUACACAGCCUGGUAUCUCACCAUCGCUUCUCUCCUCCAUGGCCAGGUGGAAGGGGUGAAGCAUUCGGGACCAACCAAGCUGGUUCUCUACUUUACAGGCGCCACCAACAUCCUCUACACCUUCGGUGGGCACGCUGUCACAGUGGAGAUCAUGCAUGCGAUGUGGAAGCCGCAGAAGUUUAAGGCGAUCUACCUGCUGGCGACGCUCUACGUGCUGACGUUGACGCUGCCGUCGGCUGCGAGCGUGUACUGGGCCUUCGGCGACACGCUGCUGAACCACUCCAACGCCUUCUCGUUGCUGCCUCGCACGCCAUUCCGCGACGCCGCCGUGGUGCUCAUGCUCAUCCACCAGUUCAUCACCUUCGGCUUCGCCUGCACCCCGCUCUACUUCGUGUGGGAGAAGCUCAUCGGCCUCCACGAUUGCCGCAGCAUGUGCAAGCGCGCUGCCGCGCGGCUGCCAGUCGUCAUCCCCAUCUGGUUCCUCGCCAUCGUCUUCCCCUUCUUUGGCCCCAUCAACUCUGCCGUCGGUUCUCUUCUCGUCAGCUUCACCGUCUACAUCAUCCCCUCCCUCGCCUACAUGUUCACCUUCCGUUCCGCCGAAGCUCGCGAGAACGCCGUCGAGCGGCCUCCGAGGUUCGCCGGAGGUUGGGUGGGAGCCUACUUGUUAAACAUGUUCGUGGUUGGGUGGGUGUUGGUGGUGGGAUUCGGAUUGGGCGGUUGGGCCAGCAUGACCAACUUCGUCCACCAAAUCAACUCCUUCGGCCUCUUCGCCAAGUGCUACCAAUGCCCCUCGCCGGCGGCGGCUGCUCUUCCCCUGCCCAAUCUCAGUACUCCAACGCCAUUCCUUGGCGGCGCCGCUUACAACGCCACCAAUCCGGUCGUCGCCAUCUCGCCUUCUCCUGCACCUUCCUCCUUCCAUCUCCGCCACCACCAUCACUAUGGUAGCCCGUGACGAGUAGAACAAGUUCUGCUUAGGCUAAUGAAGGCCAUGUCUAUGGCAGCUAUGUGGUAGUACUGUUCCAACAAUUAGCUAUUUCUUUCUUUAUUUCUCUCUUUUUUUUCAUUGAAAAGGAGUGUAAUGAAGAUCUGGUGAUCAUAUGGUUAAUGACUGCUGCAGCUAAUUUGAUCCCCUGUUUUGCCUGGCUUUUGUACAAUGAAACUUGCCUUGCUUUUCAUUGAUCACA